AUGUCGCGUUAUCAGCUAGAAAAGAGAGGGGGAGGUCUUUCCAACCUCGCUACACAUGUGAUUUAUGCCUUUUCUGACAUUAGCCACCAACACAAGCUAGUCCCUAGCUGUGCAACUGAAAUACAACGUUAUCAGUCCUUUAAUGAACUCAAAAUCAGAAAUCCACUGCUUAAAACCCUGUUGGCCGUUGGUGGCUUGAACUUUAACACGCAAAAAUUCAGUAAAAUGAUGUCAACACAACGAAAGAGAGCAAAGUUCAUCCAUUCUGCUAUCAGACUACUGAGAGAAAAUGGAUUUGAUGGGCUUAACCUUGACUGGAGGUACCCUGGAGGAUGUGGAAGCCAACCCAAGGACAAGCAAAGAUUCACACUGCUGUGCAAGGAGCUCAAAGAUGCCUUUGUUGCUGAAGGAACAGCAGCCAACCGGGACAGCUUAAUAGUCACUGCAAGUGUUUCUGCUGAGAAAGCAACCAUCGAUGCUAGUUAUGAAGUCGCACAGAUUGCCAGGUACCUGCAAUGUAUUAAUGUAUGGACAAUGGACUUUCAAGGCCCCUGGGAAAAUUUCACAAGACAUCACAGCUCCUCAUACAAGGGAUCUCAAGACAAAGGAGAAACAAUCUACUCUAACGUUGACUAUGCCAUGCGGUACUGGCGUGAUAAGGGAGCACCUACACAAAAGCUACUCAUGGGGUUUGCGGCAUACGGGCGAUCUUUCAAUCUCUCCACUGCAUCAAGUGAUGUUGGCGCACCAGCCAAUGGUCCUGGUGAGGAACGCUGCUUCACUGGGGAAGAAGGAUUAUGGGCCUAUUAUGAGACCUGUUCUUAUUUUGAAAGAGUAACAAUCAAGGUGAUUGCUGAUCAGAAAGUUCCAUAUGCCACCAUAGAAAAUCAGUGGAUUGGAUUUGACAACAAAGACAGCCUUGAUUUUAAGGUGAGUUAUCUAAAAACUAACAACUUUGGAGGAGCAUUUGUCUGGUCUUUGGACCUGGAUGACUUUGGUGGACAGUUCUGUAAACAGGGCAACUAUCCCUUCAUCAGUCACCUGCAUAAUCUCCUGGUUCCAGGUAACCAAAAUGAAAAAAGUAUGGUCUUCAAACAACACUGCAAAUGCUGUGAACAUCCUACAACAGCUCCAACUACCACCAUCAGAACAACACCCUCCCCCACGACAUCUCCAACAACCACAACAUCUCAGACUAAUUUACCCACUCGCACAACUACAAUUUAUUUGACUACAACCACAACCUCCCCAACCAUAGCUACAGCUCCCACUACCACCACCAAAACUGCCACUACAACCUCCACAACAACUCCCACUGCCACCGCAGCUCAAACAACCACAUCUUCUUCGACUACAAGCACAACCUCCCCAACCAUAACCACAGCUCCCACCACCAACACUGCCACUACGACCUCCACAACAACUCCCACUGCCACCGCAGCUCAAACAACCACAGCUUCUUUGACUACAACCACACCUCCCCCAACCAAAACUAAAACUUCCAUAACAACUCCCACAACCAAUCCAAAACUAAAUACCACAUCUGAAAGAAAUCAUGGAAACUUCUGUAAUGGAAAGAGCCGUGGGCUAUUCCCAAACCCUACUGACCAAUAUUCAUUUUACAACUGCACUGGUCAGAUUGGCACCAUUGAAAGCUGCCCAUCAAAUAUGGUCUUCAACAAACAAUGCGAGUGCUGUGAACAGGAUAGUCACAACCAGGGGAUCACCCAUUAAGCAGACCCAAAACUCAAUACCAAAUCUGAAGGAAAUCGUGGAAACUUCUGUAAUGGAAAAAGCCAUGGGCUAUUCCCCAACCCUGCUGACCGACAUUCUUAUUACAACUGCACUGGUAAGAUAGGCACCAUUGAAAGUUGCCCAUCAAAUCUGGUCUUCAACAAACAAUGCAAGUGCUGUAAAUAGUCAAGGGACCACCAUUUCAACUAUGGCCCAAAGGAAUAGAAUGAAGAUGCUGCACUAGUGAGGUGAGAGUGGGCGAUAUACUGCCGUCACCAGAAUCAAAGCAAAUGGUCUAUGAUGCUUGCACAAGCAAAAACAUCACUAAAUAUGAAUGACCCUGCGUUAUGGCCGGAUGAAAUCACUUAUUCUUAGUUAGCCUAUAUUUGUUUUAAAUAAUGUGUGAAAAAGGUAAUUUCUUGUCACAAGCGCAAAUGGAACAUGCAAUGUGUAGAUCAUUGUGUCCUGACAUGCCUAACUUAAUUAAAUGUAAUUGUGUAUCUAACCGUAUUGUAAUGGUGUGCUCUUGUUUGUUCAUAUUUAGCCAUUGCCACAUUGUAUUUGUCUUAAAUUAUGACACUGAUGUUGCAAAUUCUAUAUAUGUAUAUGUAUAUGUGUCCAAAUGUAAAUUACUGUUAA